AUGGAACAAUUAGUCCGGGUCGGCGAGCUCGCCAGGAACUUUAGGGAAACCAAAUUAUCCACUUUGAAACCACCCCAAGAUUUCUUCGAUCAUAGACAAAUAUCAAGACCUGGAAAUAUGAAUGAAGCUACCUCUAGAAUAACAUAUAACACGAGGCAUUUUUCUGGAAAUUACUUAUUGAUCAUUUUGGUCUUGGCUGCUUAUGCCAUGUUGACAAAUCCAUUAUUACUUAUCGCUUUGGCUUUUUUGGCUGGAGGCUUUGCAGCUAUCAAUAAAUUUGCUCCAGAUCCAGUUCAAAUGGGCUCUCAAACAAUCACUCAAAAACAUUUAUAUACCGGUUUAUUCGUCAUUGGCCUACCACUCUUAUGGUGGUCAUCACCUGUAUCAACUUUUUUCUGGCUAGUAGGUUCCUCGUCAAUACUCAUUCUAGGUCAUGCCUGCCUCAUGGAACCUGGAGUAGAGAGCGAAUAUUCAGGUGUAGAAGGUGUAUAA